AUGUCGUGGGGCGGUUUCAAAAAGUCCAUCAAUCGCGCAGGUACAACCCUCAUGCAAAAGACGGGUCAAGUCGAACGAACAGUCGACUCUGAAUUCAACUCGACCGAAGAACAAUACCGUACCAUGGAACGAGAAGUCACUUCGCUUCAAAAAGAAGCCAAAGCCUACCUCGAUGCUAUCCGUUCCCUUGCCUCUUCUCAAUCCCGAAUCGCUGAAGCUGUCGAUGGAUUCUAUAUCGACUCAUCCGAUGCUGCCAUGUCCGCCAACGCCUACCGUCGAGCAGUGGACGAACUGGACACCAAAACAGCAAAAGAAAUCGACGCUCCUUACCGAGCAACUGUCCUAGAACCCAUCGGCAAACUUGCAUCCUACUUCCCAGAAGCCAACAAAAUCAUCGAAAAGCGCAACAAGAAGUUGCUCGACUACGACGCUGCUCGUUCAAAGCACAGAAAGUUGGUCGACAAACCAAGCGAUGACCCCACAAAACUUCCCAAAGCAGAAAAGGAACUCGAAGAUGCUAGAGUCAUCUUUGAAACCCUCGACGAACAGAUUAAGGGCGAGUUGCCGCAGUUGGUAGAUUUGAGAGUGCCGUAUUUGGAUCCAAGUUUCGAAGCAAUGGUCAGGAUGCAAGCCAAGUUUGCAGAGGAUGGGUAUGAGAAGUUGGGCGGUGUACAGAGGUUCUUUGCCGAUGGUGUUAGGGAGGAGUAUGCUGAUGGUCAAUUGGAUGCUCAGGUGGAAGCUGUACUGCAGGAGAUGAGGGAAUUGUCGAUUUGUGGUAUUGGACAGUAG